AUGAGCGGAAAACCAGUCAUCAGCUUCAAGGAUAAGAAAACAAGAACACGCACAGGAAAGCAGAAGCUUCCGGAGAACCGUCUUGUCUUUCAGAUGAACCCGAAUUGUAACUUGGACGGAUGUGAUGGGACAUGUAUUCCAUCCAAGUGUACCGAUCAGAACACCUGCCUCUUAUCGGGUGAUGGACAGAGCUGUAAAUGUGCAGUGGGUUAUUUUGGAGAUCAGUGUGACCAAGCUGCGGUGAUUAAUGUCGUGUGUGGAAAAGAUUCAAUCACCAUCUCUGUGAUUGAAGACUUUUUCAAAUACUACAACAUCGGCCUCGGGUCUGUUCACUUGGUCAACCCUGAGUGCCGUGCCAGGAAGGAGGUGAUUGCCGGUGUUGCGUUUUUCACAGUGCGAACACCAAAGGACAAGUACGAAUUCUGUGGUGGCAAACCAGUUCUGAAAAACCUUACCCAUGUGACGUACUCCCUGACGAUGAUGUCGGAUCAACAAGUGUAUGCGAACAUUGUUCGAGACCCGGCCAUAAAGAUCGAGUACAAGUGCGUCUAUCCUUUCAUCCGCACAGUCAGCCUGCCUUUCCCCGUCCUCCCUAUGACGAGUGAGACGGUGACGCGGAUGGAUGAGUUGGAUGCAGACGUGGAACUGAGUUUGUACAGGGACGAGAGGUACGUGGACGUCUAUAGAGGCAUACCUGUUGUGCACUUCAGGGACAGGGUGUUUGUGCAGGUCACUGUGACUCGGCCGAGGGACUUCUUCAACUUGAGGGUGGAUGAGUGCUGGGCAACACAGACUUCGAAUCCCAAUGACACGUCAAACCUCUCACACACACUCCUGCUGGAUGGAUGUGCUGACGAUGAAACUGUUUUGUUUAUAACGAAAUCCAUUGCAUAUCGAAAUGGUACAAUGGCACAAGGGGGACAAAACGGUGUGAGCUCAACCGUACGCUUCUCCUUUGAAAUGUUUCGCUUCGUUACCAAGCCCCAUGAGCUUUAUUUGCACUGCGUAGUCCAUCUCUGCACACAAGUGCACGGAGAGUCUUGUGUUCCUGAAUGUAAAUCAAUCAUGAAGAGAGCAGCUUCCUUGAAGGAACCCCUUCAAGGUCUUGUGUCUUAUGGCCCAAUCAGAGUUGACGUGCCUGAGCAGUCGGAGUUGAAUAUGGUCUUCACCCUGAUGCUGCCCAUAGCUGCAGUCUGGAUCCUGGCACUCUUUCUCCUCAUCCUGAUCUACAUUGCCAAGGCAGGGAACAAACGCAUGGCCUCGGACUCUCCAUUAUAA